UGCUUUAGGAUCCAAGAGCCUGGUACUUGUUCAGUAAAUUAACAAGAAUUGGGUGGGUGCUUGAAGUCUGACAAUCUAUAAGGUAGGCACCUGAAUCUUGCUCCUCUUGCGGUUCCAUCGAGUGGGAAAAACUCAUUUCAACUUUAUCUUUCAUUGGUGCUUGAAAUAUAUCGGUGUUUCUGCACUCCGCUGCUGAUAUAUGAUUACAUUUUGAGUUGCAGCUUUAAAGGAAAUGAGUUCUUCUUUACAAAUUUGUUCCAACGCUACAAUCUCCCAAUCACUUAAUCUCCGCCGCUUGUUCGAUCGAGACAGAGAAGAAAGGCAACGACAAGUAGUCAGAUUCAACUGCCGGAAACCAUUCGCCAUCUCUUGUCUUAAUGUGGACGUGAAAGCACCUGUUGGUGCCGGGAAAAUCGGGUUGGGGAGAGAGAGCAAGGAGGUGAUGGAGGCGGAGGGAAAGGUUAUGGUGGGGACGUAUGCUAGGGCGCCGUUGGUGUUGGCCAGUGGCAAAGGUUGUAAAUUAUAUGAUGUUGAAGGACGAGAGUAUUUGGACUUGACUUCGGGGAUUGCGGUGAAUGCCUUGGGGCAUUGUGAUCCUGAUUGGGUUAAGGCUGUGGUUGAUCAGGCUAAUGUGUUGACCCAUGUCAGCAAUGUGUACUAUUCCAUUCCUCAGGUGGAGCUUUCUAAGCGCCUAGUAGCUUGCUCUUUUGCUGAUCGUGUGUUUUUCACAAACUCUGGAACAGAAGCAAAUGAAGCAGCUAUCAAAUUUGCUAGGAAGUACCAGAGAUUCUCAAAUCCUGAUGCUGCACAGCCAGCCACAGAAUUCAUAUCUUUUUCUAAUAGCUUCCAUGGGAGGACAAUGGGUGCUCUUGCUCUGACAAGCAAAGAACAGUAUAGAUCACCUUUUGAACCUCUGAUGCCUGGAGUGACAUUUUUGGAGUAUGGAAAUAUACAUGCGACAAGAGAAUUAAUUCAACGUGGGAAAACUGCUGCAGUUUUUGUUGAACCCUUACAAGGUGAAGGUGGCAUCUACAGUGCAACAAAGGAAUUUUUAGAGUUCUUGCGUGCUGCUUGUGAUGAUGCUGGGGCUCUCCUGGUUUUUGAUGAGGUGCAAUGUGGUUUAGGCAGGACUGGGUGCCUAUGGGCUCAUGAAGCAUACAGUGUCUUCCCAGAUAUAAUGACACUUGCCAAACCACUCGCUGGAGGCUUACCCAUUGGAGCUGUGUUGGUAACUGAAAAAGUUGCUUCAGCCAUAAAUUAUGGUGAUCAUGGAAGUACUUUUGCCGGUGGAUCUCUUGUCUGUAAUGCUGCCCUUACUGUUCUGGAGAAAAUCUCAAAACCAGCUUUCUUGGCCAGUGUGUCUAAAAAGGGCCUGUACUUCAAAGAAAUUUUAAAGCAGAGGCUGGGUGGAAACUCACAUGUUAAAGAAAUUCGAGGACAAGGACUGAUUAUUGGAAUUGAGUUGGAUGUACCAGCCUCGCAACUUGUGGAUGCAUGUCGAAACUCUGGUCUUCUUGUAUUAACUGCUGGUAAGGGAAAUGUUGUGAGGCUUGUGCCUCCAUUGAUCAUUACAGAGCAGGAACUUGAUGAUGCAGCUGAGAUCCUGCAAAAUUCAAUGUCAGUACUUGAUGAGAAUGGUUCAAAUUAGGAGGGGAAGAAAUUGUAGCCUUCAGCUGCAGGUAAAAAUUCUUCGCACUUGGUAGUAUUGAUUUGUGAUAUUGUAGCUCGUGCACAAUCAAAAUGCUAUAAUUUGGUUCAAGUUGUGAUUAGAACCAUUGAGAGAUAAUGUUAUUAUUGAAUUAAUUCCUUAAAACA